AUGGCUACAAAUGGCGAUUUCUCGGACGACGAGUCGCAACCUGGCUCUCCCGCCCCAGAAGAAGUGCAGAAUGGCGAGCAUGACGAGCAUGACGAGAUAGAAGAUAUUUCAGAAAAGCCUAAGUCAGCGCUGAAGAAGACUCCACCAUCUGAGCCCUUAGCAGAAGUCAAACGACCUCCUCUACCUGAGCAACCAGAUCCAGAAGACCUUGACCUACAGUCGUUGACGCCACUUUCUCCUGAAAUCAUCUCCCGACAAGCUACAAUCAACAUCGGGACUAUCGGCCAUGUGGCGCAUGGCAAAUCCACAGUCGUGAAAGCUAUCUCCGGUGUGCAGACCGUCCGGUUCAAGAAUGAGCUGGAAAGAAAUAUUACCAUCAAGCUAGGAUAUGCAAACGCAAAGAUCUACAAAUGUGACAAUUCAGAGUGUCCCAGGCCGACAUGCUACAAGAGUUUUAAGAGUGAGAAAGAGGUGGACCCACCAUGUGACAGAGAAGGCUGCACUGGCACAUACCGAUUACUGCGACAUGUCUCAUUUGUUGAUUGUCCAGGGCAUGACAUUCUCAUGAGUACCAUGUUGUCAGGUGCGGCUGUCAUGGAUGCUGCUCUUUUGCUUAUUGCUGGGAACGAGACCUGUCCUCAGCCUCAAACCUCAGAACAUCUUGCAGCUAUUGAGAUUAUGAAGUUGAAGCAUAUCAUCAUUCUACAGAACAAGGUCGACCUGAUGCGAGAAGAGGGUGCACAGCAGCAUCACCAGUCAAUACUGGAUUUUAUUCGGGGAACCGUGGCCGAAGGCUCUCCCAUCAUCCCUAUCUCUGCCCAAUUGAAGUACAACAUCGAUGCCAUCAACGAAUACCUGGUUACCAAAAUUCCAGUUCCUGUUCGAGAUUUCCAAGCAGCUCCCCACAUGAUCGUGAUUCGAUCUUUUGAUGUCAACAAGCCGGGGGCCGAAAUCGAGGAUCUAAAGGGAGGCGUCGCAGGUGGGAGCAUCUUGACUGGCGUUCUCAAGCUUGGGGACGAAAUCGAAAUCAGGCCGGGUAUUAUCAGUAAAGAUGAGACUGGCCAAACCAUAUGCAGGCCUAUUAUGAGUCGCAUUGUUUCACUGUUUGCAGAACACAACGAUCUCAAAUUUGCUGUGCCUGGAGGUCUGAUAGGAGUUGGAACGCGCAUCGAUCCUACUCUCUGCCGUGCUGACCGACUCGUUGGGCAUGUUCUCGGGCUACGGGGCAAAUUGCCUGCUAUUUACAUCGAGCUCGAAGUCAACUUCUUCCUUCUUCGCAGAUUGCUGGGCGUCAAGACUGCUGAUGGCAAGCAAGCAAAGGUGGCCAAGUUAUCCAAAAAUGAAGUGCUGAUGGUCAAUAUUGGAUCGACCGCGACUGGUGCCAAAGUCAUGGGUGUCAAGGCGGAUGCGGCGAAGUUGACGCUGACCAACCCGGCUUGCACGGAGAUCGGAGAGAAAAUUGCUCUGAGCAGGAGGAUAGAGAAACACUGGCGGCUGAUUGGAUGGGCGAAUAUCGUGCAUGGCAAUACAAUUGAGCCUGCGAGCUCUUGA